AUGUUUCACAAUGAUGUACAAACACAGCAUAUUAACAAUUGGAAACGCAGCACUAAUGAUCAUCCGAUUAAUCGAAUACUUACAACUUAUUUUCAUUCGGAUAAACAGAUAAGAAAUUCUCCAUCAAUGGUUCGAUCAAACAAUCACAAAUCAGAAACAAAUCAUAUUCUGCAACGCCAACGCGUUAUUCGCUCGUUUUUAAAUAAACCAGAUGAAACUGAAUCAUUUGUUCGAAAACCGUCAGCACCCAGUGGUAAACAUAAAGUUUCACCAACAACAUCUAUUUCAUCGCCACAUGUACUAUUUGCUGAACUAAAUGAACAACAAUCAACAAAUAAUAAUAAUCGUCCACAAACAAUAAAAAAAGAACUCGAACGACAAUCGCCUAUAUUAAUUCGUCGUCAUCGUACUCUUCUAGAAAAUCUUUCUAUUCAACAAAGGUCAGAUAUCACAAAUAUCUAUAGACAUUAUUUGCCAGCGUCAACUCCAACACAUGGUACAUUUCGAAAUAAUAUGUCACCUUCAUUUCUUUUCGAUAAAGCUUCAAUUCAAAUAAACAAUCGAAUUUCAACACCGCACAUUAAACCAUUACAUUAUUCUAAAACAAUUAGUGAACAUAAUCUUAAACAACAUGCAUUCAAUUCAAAAGAUCAUCCUCAAAAUAGUUUUGUUCCUCUACAUAGAUGGACACCAAUAUUGUCAGAGCAAGGAAAUGCGCAGAGUCGAAUAACAAAUAGUUUUUCACGAUCAAAAUCUUAUGUAUCGAAAUAUUCAAUAAAACGGCAUUUUAAUUUCGUACAAUCUGAAAGAACAAAUCCAAACUCAAAAAUAAGUAAUAUUCAAGAUUUUUAUUUUUCGCCAAGAUCAUUUACUAGUUCACGUUGUGAUUCAGACGCGAAUAAGAAAAAACAUCGAAAAAAAACUAUGGUCGAUGAAUGUAACUUUCAUAGAGAAGAUUCAAAAUGGAACAAUAGUGUGGUGUCCGAUGAAGAUGAAUCCAUUAGUGCCGAUGGAAACAGUUCAACAUCCACAUGUACGUCUCAAGUUAGUCUUUCACAAUAUGAUGUUACAUCAUCUGCAAAUGGUCUAUCUGAUGAGCGCGAUCUAUCAUUCUCUCCUAAUUUAUCUGUGGGUACUUCUAAUUCACCAUUGCAACGGCCACCAUCAAAACGAAGUUUAUCAAGACGGCGUACAUAUAACAUUGCUCUGCCGACUGUUACAGAAAAUGUAAAUGCUGAAGAAACAGAUAUGAAGAAUAUACUUGACAAACUCUAUGCUCUACAAAACAAUGUUUUAUAUGAAAAUGCAACUGAACAAUCCAUUGAUGACGAAGAAAGUUUAACAUUUCAGUUACUAAAUCAACAAGAAACAGGUUUUGAAAAAACAAUAUCGAAAUCAAAAAAACGUCAAAUGUAA